AUGUUCUUAACGGUGCUAGUGCUAGGACCAGAGAAUCCUAAGGCAAAACUUGAUGUUUUCUUACAACCCCUUAUUGCAGAGUUGAAACAUUUGUGGGAUGUUGGUGUGCAUGCAUAUGAUAUCUCAUUGAAACAAAAUUUUCAACUGAGAGCGGCUUUGAUGUGGACCAUUAGUGAUUUUCCUGCAUAUUCAAUGCUCUCGGGGUAUAGCACGGCAGGAAAGCUGGCAUGUCCUUAUUGCACGAUUCACUCGGACGCAUUUUACCUGUCAAAGAGUCAAAAGAUUUCAUGGUAUGGAUUUCGAAAAAAUACUUUGGUAAAAAAAACACCACCUCCUGUACUGUCUGGACCUGAGAUACUUGCUUCCUUGGACGAGUUGGGUUUAGUGAAUGCGACACAACCCAAUGCUGCACAGACUAAUGCAGAUAACAGUCAUGGUAGUGGUUGGAAGAGUAAGAGCAUUUUUUGGGAUUUGCCUUAUUGGAAAACUCAACUUAUUCGACACAACUUGGAUGUUAUGCAUAUAGAGAAAAACGUGUUCGAAAAUGUGUUCAAUACAGUGAUGAAUGUACCAGGCAAAACUAAGGACACAGUAAAGUCGAGAGAAGAGUUGAAUCAAUAUUGUCGCCGCAUUACUCAAUCAACAUUUACUCUGAACAAGAAAGAAAAAGCUGUCUUGUGUGCGUGGGUAAAAAAUUUAAAAUUUCCUGAUGGGUAUGUGUCGAACAUGGCUAGAUGUGUUGACACAAAGAAGCUUAAGUUGUUUGGGAUGAAAAGUCACGAUUGUCAUGUGUUCAUGCAAAGUGAGCAUAUGAUGAAAUUAGAGAACGACAUCCCCAUCACUUUGUGUAAGUUGGAGCUCAUAUUCCCUCCAAGUUUCUUUGACUCUAUGGAGCAUCUUCCAAUCCAUUUGGCUUAUGAAGCAAGGAUAGCAGGUCCAGUUCAAUAUCGAUGGAUGUAUCCGUUUGAAAGAUACCUUGGAAAGUUGAAGAAAACAGUUAGAAAUAAAGCUCGAGUGGAAGGCUCUAUUUCUAAUUCAUACGUUGUGGAAGAAGCGUCAUUGUUGUGUUCUCAUUACUUUGAGGACCAUGUUGUUACAAGGCAUACACGAGUGCCGCGCAACGAUGCUGGUGUUGUAAAUGAAAGGGAUGAUCAGGAGGGGAAGUUAUCAAUUUUCAAGCAUCCUUGUCGACCAUUUGGAUGUAAAAAGUCACGAAUGUUAUUCGGUGAAGAAUAUGAUGUUGCACACAGAUAUAUUUUGAUGAAUUGUCCAGAAGUUGAGCCGUAUCUGCAAAUUUACGAUGCUGAGCUAAGGCAACGUAAUCUCGGCAUUGGCGACCACAUCAUUGAACAAUUAACAAAUAAGGAAUUCCCUUCUUGGUUCAAUAAUUAUGCUCGCGAUCCUACGAACAAUGUGACCAAUUCAUACAUUAGGGAUCUCGCAAAAGGACCUUUUAACACUGUUACAACGUACCCUGGCUGCUUUGUUAAUGGAUUUAAAUUUCACACGAUUAGCCAUGGUUCGAAUAAAGGCACUAUGAAUAGUGGCAUGUGCGUUAAAGGAUCCAACUACGAUGAUCCCGAGAAGGACUAUUAUGGUCGGAUAACAGAGAUUGUCGAGCUCGAGUAUCCUUUAGUAUCGUCAUUCAAGAAAGUUGUAUUGUUCAAGGGCGAUUGGUUUAUUCCAACUUUGAACGAGGGGGUGAAGAUUCAUCAUGCUUAUAAGAUCGUCGAGGUCAAUGAAAAGAAGAAAUGGAAUACAAACGAGCAAUUUGUAUUAGCUUCUCAAGCGAUUCAAGUAUAUUUUUGCGAAUAUCCAAGCUUGAGGCGUAACAAAAGCGAUUGGUUGGUUGUAACAAAAGUCAAACCAAGGUUCAUAGUAGAGGUUCCACAAUCUUUUAAUAAUCAAGAGGCGACCCUUCCACGUGAAGUGUUGCCUUACCAAGAGGAUGACGUGGAACUACACGAUAUCGCAGUUAAUGAUGAGCCAGUUAUGGAAUCAGAAUUUGAUGAAGCUCCAGAGUUGAAUGAUGAGAAAGUUUUGAGAUCUGAUUCUGAAGAUAAAUCUGAAUCCUAUGAUGAGCAAGUUUUGCGAUCAGACUCUGAAUAUGACUCUGAAUCAGAGGAUGAACAAGUUCUUCAAUUAGAUUCUGAUGAUGACUUAGAAUCUAAUGACACGGAUGUAGACUUAUAUGAUAGUGAUUAG